AUGAGUAGUGAUAACAGUACCGAACCAGAUGGUUCCAAGAAGCGAGCAGCGGAAGAAGUAAGCGACGACAGCGACCAAAGAAGUCGGAAAACAUCCAAAGCUGCCGUGGGUAUUUCAAUCAACCAAGAGACAAUAAGAACGGGCAGCGAUCCACCUGCUGAUGACAAAAGACUUGGAAACUACAUUACUAACGACGACGAAUGGUUCAAUGAAGGUGUAACUAGUGGAAAGAAGAAGAGCUCUAAAUCUCAAUCGAUUGAGGCUUUGAAAGAAGAUGAAGAUUAUUUCAUAGUGACACAAAAAUAUCUGAAGAUCGACUUGGCUCAUUUCUUGAAGACUGGAGAAACUAAACCGUUCAUCUCUAGCACUGCAGCAACUGCAUCGCAGCGGGUGGCAAGCAUUGAUUUCGACAUUAUUGCGAGCAAGAUGGUGUAUAAACGAGACUUGAUGGCAUUGAUAGCUGCGGUGAAAAAACUCUUUGAGUGGAAAGUACACCAGUCAAAAGAGUAUAUGGCGCCGUACUUUCCACUAAUACAAUCCAGCGGAGCUGGCAAGACCAAACUGCUGCACGAGUCGCAAUGCUCAAUGGCGAACGACACCGAUGUCCACGUGAGACUCAUUCUCUGCACGAACGGAGAUCCUCCAGAAAUGUUGUCACAAAACUGCAGCAUUUUUUCGGAGACUUUGGACGUGAGUCAAUUUCAAGUGGGUGAAGAUGGUCAAAGGAAGCUUUCUGAAAAAAUGGCGACCCUCGUCGAGACAAAUGAUAAUAAGAAGAAGGUUGUAUUGCUCUUUGACGAGUCCCAGCACCUAACCAGCAACAGUGAUGGUUGGCAUUUCCGAUGCAUACGGUGGUGGCUCCGAUUGCCAGAUAAACCAAACGGCGUCAACGUGGUUUGUGUGUUUGCGGGAACCACCACCAGAUUGGCAAACUACUAUGCGGAACAAAACCAUUCAACUGACUCGAGGAAUGCAAGCGUAAAGUACCUUGGAGGGAAAAAGCUGUACCCUCCGUUCUGUCAACUUACGACGACAGGUCUUGUGUCACGCUCUGAUGGACCCAAGUUUGGAACCGUAGGUGUGCGCACUAACGGCAACAUUGUUACGGAGUUUGAUGUCGCAACUCAAUAUGGACGGCCCUUGUUCGGACGAUUGCAAUUGAACGGAAAGUUGAAGGAUGCACUUGGAAGUAUCUUGUUCCGAAUGAGAGGUGCGGGCCAGGAGCUCUCACUGCAGAAGUAUUUUUCGCUUUUGGCGACGCGGCUGCAAAUGGGGCAAGUGUCGUUUGAUUUUGCAUCAGAACUAGUGGCUUCGGGAUACGCACAUCUGACUCACUUUUCACCCCCAGUAGUGGCCGAGAUUGCAUUUCUUCCUGAUCCGGUUUGCGCAUGGCUUGCAAUGACACAGAUGAUUAAGGACUGCGAUCUAUAUGAGAAGGUUGGUGGUAUCUUGAUGGGGUGUGGCAAACACCCAUCUGUUUGGUCGGAGAAGGCCAUCAAGAUUUACUCCUCUGCACUGUGCCGCCCCGAAAAGGGAGACGUCGGUGAGGUUGCAGCUGCCUUUUACAUGCUGGCUUGCGGGGAUGAAUUGAGGUUCGAGCACUCACGAGAUCUCACUCAGCUUUCUGUUCCACUAGAGAACUGGAUUGCAAGAAUGCAACAAGGCAAAGGUGCUAAGUUGUCCAAAAGUACAGCAAAACCAAGCGUCAAUUUCAUUCAAGUUUGUCGGAAUUAUUUACAUUACACUUUGAACGAAAUUCAGGAUAGCGGACUUCUCAAGCAUUGGUAUCUUGGUGGACGAGCAUCGUAUGCGUACGCUUCUUGCAAGGCGUACGACAUGCUGGUGCCAUUGCAGUACACUGUAAAUGGGACUUUGCAUUACUGUCCCAUGUUGGUGAGCGUGAAAAAUCGAGUGGCAUACAGUGCAAAGCAACGUCAAGCUGCAAUCGAGGCAAUGGAAAAAGUAUUUACUGACGCCAAAGUUGAGACUGGAGUAUGUAUGCUAUUUCACAUUGGACUUGGCGAUACAUUGGAAGAAUCGUCCUCCUUGAGUCAUACGUUUUGCCAAGGCAAAGUUGUUAGUGUGACAAUUGUGCUGCCAACGGAAGAUGAGUUUGGAGCAACCAAUCUUGCUUUGUGUUCGACGUGUGGGGGUGGACAGGAGUCCGAGGUCAUGGUGUCGCAUGCAGAGCUUGCGUUCGGAGCAGAAGGCAAUUGCUUGCUCCGAAGCAAGACGAAAAACGAUGACCUAUCCAAAUCUCUGUUGAACGAUAUAUCCAAAGGAUACAAUGAAGCUUUUGGUACAAAUAGUGGAGCAACGACGGGUACGGAGGCAGACAGUACUAUGUAG